ACGAAUUUCUGGCGCAAGGAGGCGAACUGUUGCAGCGGCCUGACAAGAGCAUUGGAUUGUGGGUAUCUUGUGUUUCCUGACAGACUCUGAAAGUCAGUCAGCUGUUGCAGGAAAGUUUUGACAUCUAUGUCUAGUGUUCAUUAGAUCUCGCAUACCUCACCGGAACCAAUUUUCCUGUGCGCGCGUUUCAUCAAUCUACUUCAUCGACUACCGUCCUGUAAAUCCAUCCGGGUUAUAACCAUAUAUAAAAAAAACAACAACAAAAAAACCAACAACAACUGACAACUUGAAACAACUCUCGGAAUGAGUUUAAACGAGCACUCCAUGCAGGCUCUGUCAUGGAGAAAACUGUACUUGAGUCGAGCCAAGUUAAAAGCCACCAGUCGCACUUCAGCUCUGUUGUCGGGAUUCGCGAUGGUUGCCAUGGUGGAAGUACAGCUGGAGCGGGAUUAUAAGUAUCCUCCAGGGCUGCUGAUAGCCUUCAGUGCCUGUACCACAGUCCUGGUUGCGGUACACCUCUUUGCCCUCAUGAUCAGCACCUGCAUCCUCCCUAAUCUUGAGGCUGUCAGCAACGUUCACAACCUCAACUCUGUCAACGAGUCUCCUCAUGAGCGCAUGCACCACCACAUAGAACUGGCCUGGGCUUUCUCCACUGUCAUCGGCACCCUCCUCUUUCUGACCGAGGUGAUGCUCUUGUGCUGGGUGAAGUUCUUGCCUCUCAAAAGCGCCACUGAAGAAAACAAUGGCACCAUAAGUUCUGGUGAGGCCGCAGCCAUCGCCUCCACCUGCAUCAUGGUGCCGUUUGGAAUCGUUUUUAUCGUGUUCGCCGUCCACUUUUACCGCACACUCGUCAGUCACAAAACGGACCGACAGAUCCGAGAGCUGGAGCAGGUCAUUCGGCUCCAGAACCAGCUGGACCACAGGGCUGAGAAUGACGACCUGAAGUCCGCUGUCCAUUACCCUUGAUUAUAGCCAGCUAGCAUACAGCAGCAGCGGACAUUCAACAUGGGAAAUCUCUUAUAGAAGCUUUAUUUUUAUGUUUAUGAACUGUGCUCAGAUGCUUCUUUUGGAAUUGCAAGCUUCAUCCGUCGAGCGUUGCAGGUUUUGACUCAGUCCACUUAGAUAAUGCAUGUUCACAAACUUCUACACAUCAUAUUUUAGGAAAAUAGCUUUACCUUUAACUUGAAGGUAAAUCUUUUGCUCUGAGGCACUAAACUUUUCAGUGGCUUGUGUAAUGACAUAUCAUAUCGUAUUGUAAUAUUACAUAUUUCAGGACUAAAGCCACUUGAGGACUUCACACAUGUACUGUCAUAGAGAUCACCAACACCAGGGAAAUCUGGGUCAAAUGGUUGACCUGAGGAAGAUCCAUAUGAGAUCAACAAUGACGUUAACGAAUACGUUAAAAGUGCACUUCCUUGUUUGAAUAGAACUCGACAAAGCCAGGACUUAUUUUCAAUAUUCACUAAAAAUGAAGUCUGCGGUGAAGCCUGUUUUUACUUCAGGUAGAAAAAUUGUGGUGCUGCUCUGUCUGGGCUUUUCUAUGUGUAGUUUACACAACUCACACUUUAUUCUGUGUCCCAUGGUGGGUUGCAUUAGUUUCUCCUGUUCUCACAUUUGCCUGGCUUUAAAUUAGACUUUGUAGGAAGCAUUACCAAGCCUUUAUCACCAAUACAGAUGUUCAUAUUCAAGGUGUGAAUUGUCUGACUGAAAUAUCAGUUAUAUUAGAAUCACUGUCCGCAUGCUUUAAAACCAAAAUUAUAGAACAAGUUACAUGCUUUUAAAAGGCCUUAGUGCUUUGGUUUGAUUGAUACACACACGUCCAUACUCACUGGACUAAAUGGUUACUUGUAGGGACUUUUUAUUUUAGUUACCAAGUUUUGUUUUAGGUUGUGUCAAAUGUUUGCUCCCGUCCUUUCCAGCUAUUGUUUUUAUCUUUAACAAAACAAAAAUAAUAUCUUAAUGUUAACAGCCAACAGUAUUCAUGUGAAAUCUGAUGCAAAAGAAAAAUUAAUGCCAAACCAAAGUGUGUUAUUGCAGUGAACAUAUUUUUGGGAGAAUAAAAAUCAGUUAUUAAAGACACGUUUUGGAGCCUGGUGGUGGAGUCUGUGUUCAACACUCAUUUUUCUUUAUCCAGUCAUCCUCUUGUAAAAUCAAUCUCGGGGUAAAAGUUUGAGGAAUUUGCUCAAUGUCACGUUGCUUUUGCAAUUCCAAUAUACUGUAAUCCAUACAAAUGGUUACUGGCUUUGAAGAAGUAUUGUUAAAUGUAUUAUUACAAAGCAUGCGCGUAUUGGAAAUGUGUUUCAGUUUUUAUGUUUUGUACUUUUCAUAGUUUACAAGCUUGAGCAUGUUCACACAUUGUUUAUGUUAAAGAUUGUUGAAGUGUGGAAUAUGGGGUGUGUUUUUUUAUUGUCUUUACUCUAACAUUGGUACAAAAACUCUGUCCAAGCUCAAAUGAGGGAAUGUGCACAUAUUUAGAGCUGGAUGCCAAAUUUGUCAAUAUCAGUUGUUCUCUCAUGUGAUGGUGUCAUGACAAAAGUUUCAUAUCAUUAUAUCAUAUCCCAUAAUAUUCUUCCUUAAAUAUGUUGAAUUAGUGUAUUUCACAACAUGAGUAUAUAUACAUGUUAUAUUUUGGCUUUUGGUCAACAAACACAGUACAACCAUUUUGAUCUAUGUGAUGAACAUGAGUUUGCAUUUUUAUCAAGUGAUUUUGAAUUCUUAAUAUUGUAACAUACUGUAUUUAUAGAAAGGUAAUGCUGUGGGCAUUAUUGCAAUAUUAUAUAUUAUACAGUUUUGUCUGUAUUACCCACCCCCUACACAUGGUUUAUAGUCAUGGUAAUGUAACAGCUUCUGUAGGACACAAGCUCCCAAAAUUUGCAUUCAAAUUGUCCCGACCAGAUGAUAAUAUCUCUGUGACACGUAAUAGAGAACAAGGAGCUAGAAGGGAUUAAAAACUUACAGACUGUUUAGUAAAAUGGUUUUCAUGCUUCUCCAAAGAAUUGUUGAUGGCUUUAAGAGUAUUUUUUAUUUUAUUUUUUAUUUUUCACAAGGGAUGAAAUGAAGACAGGUUUAUUCAGGCCAACUGCACACACUCCGGGACACUCGCCACAUGUGCCUUCUUUAGAAACAGAUCACUGCAAACAAAGGCAUGCUUCUUUGGUUCAUUUUUGUGGUUUAUUUUUUUAACCCAGUUUAUGUUGCUGUAAAUAGAGAGGUUCCACUGCUUGUGUCAAUGCACAGUUUUAAAGUAAAGCUUAUGUGUGUUGUUAGCAGCGAAACAAUGCUGCGGCUUUUUAACCUGUUGAGAGUGACCAGGACUGUUUCUUUUUGUUGCCGGUUUGAGAAUAAAAAAACAUCUGAGAUGA